CAAAAAAAUAUUAUAUUUCAAUUCUUAUCAAACAAAAAAUUUCGCACAAAAAAUAUGAAUACUCUUACAAAACAGAAUUUAAUAAUUGGCUUAUCUGCAUUGUCGUUUUGCGUUGCAAUAGUUUUAAAGGAAUUUGAAAAUCGCAAAAUAUUGAAAGAAUCAUCUUUCAACCACAAUACCCCGAAUGAUGAUGAUGAUGACCAAGUGGCUCUAAAGAUAGCUAUAUGCUCUGGAGCAAUCAUUGUUUGUCUUCUGCAAAUCUGGGGUACUUUAAGGCAUCCACUGGCCUUGAUACCCUUUAUUCCAUGCAUCAUUUGGGCAAUAGGUUACACGGUACUGAACAAUACAUUUAAUUUCAUGUGGAUGCGGUAUGACCACUUUCCAUUCAUAUUGAGUAAUGUGUUGGUUGUUGGAAUGGAAGUCCUUGCCUUAUACACAACAUGCUCUUUCGUUCGUCAUCUGUGGAAUGAAAAGAAGAAAAAGUCAGUGGAAAAACAAAAUCCGAAUUACUAUGACAAGGUGUGAAUUUUUCAUUUCCGAGAGCCUUGGAGAGAACUUUGAAACGAAUCAACGAACAAAAAUUAAAGGAAUAAAUUGAAAAA